GUUGCACAUUAUUGGUUGAGCCAGUGUGACAUCAUCAUCACGCGACCAACCACGGUGUUGGGCCUCAAGAGUUGGGAACCUACUUUUCAAACUACGAUAAGCUGGAAUAUAGUCAUCAUGGCAACAGAGGGUGUGGAAACGACCAGUGAAGAGGUUCCAGUUCCUGGGAAGGUCAGCACCAGGUUUGACCUGGAGAAGGAGACUGAACUUAGGUUUGAGGUGGAGGCAGGGGAGGCAGUAGAGCAGGUGGAGCUGGAGCUCCUUACAGGCAUGGCUGAGGUGUUUGGCUCAGAGCUGAACCGCAACAAGAAGUACACAUUUGGACCAGGCGCCAAGAUUGCAGUUUUCACCUGGCAAGGCUGCAGCGUCAAUCUUUAUGGAAAGCCAGAGGUGGCUUAUGUUUCAAAAGAUACUCCUAUGCUGCUUUACCUGAACACACAUGCUGCCUUGGAACAGAUGAGAAAACAAGCAGAGAGGGACAACGAGAGGGGGCCGAGGGUGAUGGUGGUUGGACCUACAGAUGUGGGAAAGUCAACAGUGUGCCGUCUGCUACUAAGCUAUGCUGUAAGGGUCGGCCGGAGGCCAACAUUGGUGGAACUGGAUGUUGGACAGAGUGGGGUGUCUGUACCUGGUACAGUAUCGGCACUGUGCAUUGAGCGCCCGGCAGAUGUAGAGGAGGGUUUUUCAGUACAGGCUCCUUUGGUGUACCACUUUGGCUCUACCACCCCUGGAACCAAUAUCAAACUUUAUAAUAAGCUAACGUCGUGCUUAGCUGAGGUGUUUUCCCAGCGCUGUGAGGUGAACAGGAAAGCUAGCGUGGGUGGCUGCAUCAUCAACACCUGUGGCUGGGUGAAGGGCUCUGGAUACCAGGCUCUUGUCCACUGUGCCUCUGCCUUCGAGGUGGACGUGGUGCUGGUGCUGGACCAUGAGAGGCUCUACAAUGAACUCAAACGAGACCUCCCUCACUUUGUGCGGGUUGUUCUCCUACCCAAGUCCGGAGGAGUGGUCGAGCGCUCCAAGGAGUGCAGGCGGGACACUCGGGAUGAGAAGAUCCGCGAGUAUUUCUACGGCUUCCGUGGAGUGACCUUCUACCCCUUCUCCUACGAAGUGCGUUUCUCAGAUGUCCGCAUCUACAAAAUCGGAGCGCCAUCCAUCCCGGACUCUUGCUUGCCGCUGGGAAUGUCUCAGGAUGACACGCAGCUGAAGCUUGUGCCUGUGACACCGGGGAGAGACCUCACGUAUCAUGUGCUAAGCGUGAGCAGUGCCGAGGACGGAGAGGAAGGUGCCAGAAAGGGUAUCGUAGAGAGCCCUGUGUGUGGCUUUAUAGUGGUGACUAAUGUGGACACUCAGACACAGGUGAUGAAAGUGCUGUCCCCAGCGCCCCGACCACUGCCCAGGCACACUCUACUUAUCAUGGACAUCCGCUUCAUGGACAUGAAAUGAAGUGAUACACUUAAGGGAAGAGCACUUUGUUUUAAAAAAAAAAGUGGGGGUCUUGUUGAGGAGGAGUUAUGUAAAGAAAUUUUGUUUCCUGGUUGGGUCUUUGUGUUUUUAGCCCACACUGUACAGAUGUUUGCGAAAUGGGAUGUUUUUAUCAGUGUGGUAAUCACUUUUUUCUAAAUGUUUCAUGAACAUUGUUUUUCUUCUGCGUAAUAAAUUUCUGAAAUGUAAAACAUUUGGGGUCAGAGAUGAUACUUUAAUGGUCUAAUAUGGUGCUAUCCUACAUAUGCUUUGUAAAUGUAUGUUUAUAUUAAUGUAUUUGAUAUUUACUAGUUAUGAAAACAUUUUUUGUAUUUUACAAAAUUAUAACACAAUCAAGCCUUAAAUAAUUCCAUAGCUUCAAAUUUUACUAAAUCUAGUUUUACUAAAUAGUUCUAUAAGUGCUCAUUAUGUUUGGAGAUAAAUGAAGCAAAGUUCUAUAAUGUGUAGGCUAUAUCAUGACUGAUAUAGUACCAGUAUGUCAGUAAACAUUAAGUUUCACCGUGAUCUGUUGAUACUUUAACCACUAGCCAACUCACUGGAACUCUUCAAAUAUUCCACAGGCCUACAUGCUAUUACUUAUUUAGUAUAUUUACUCUUACAGUAAUUAUUGGCAAAUCAGGAGGGAUUGCCUGGACACACUUUGUUUAUGUUUAAUUUUAGUAUUUAGCAUGUUGUCUACUGUUAAUUGUCUGCUAUUGUUCGAAAAAUUGGCUUUGUUGUAGGUUGUUUCUCUGUACAUGGAUUGUAGCUCAUGUGCAUUUGGCUUGUACUAAAGCUGAAUAAUUGUGAAAUGAUCAAGUAUUUACCUAGGAAAAAAG